CGGUAAGUGUUGCUGCCAUAUCAUGCAAUCGACUUGCCAUGCGGUUAAAAGGAUUUCAAGAUAUUUUCAUUUUCGCAUCAUACCAAUAGGCAGAUCACCGAAAAGAAUGGCUCAUUGCAAUGUUCGAUUUCUUCCUGAUGAAGAAAGGGCAAGUAUUUCAUUUCAAUAUGGCCUUCAGCCUAAAUCACUGAAGAAGUUUAAUUUUGAACGUCGUCUUGAUGAAACAGUAGGCGAAUUCAUCGAACGCUUAAAAACUGGUAUCGAAAAGAAAUGUCUAAAAAGGAAGAAAAAAAGUGAAGCAGCAGAAAAUGAGCCACUUAUUCCAGCUAUAUCAAUUUCUUUAAAUGGAAUCGUAUUCACAAAAGAAACGAUAAUCAGAGACUCAAUGGUUGAUGGUAGUAUUUUGAAAAUUGACGAUUGUAGACUUCCAGUGAUUGUCAAUGCGCCGUUUAUUAAAACAUUGUCUAUUCCUGAAUCAACAAUGGCCGGAUUCCCUGUUUUGCCAGUGAUCGAUGGAGAAUUCCUUGAUAUGAAUGACACCGAAUGUGUGUGGGGUAGGUUUAAACUACAACCAGAUGUUGUGCUUAAAGCUGAUAUGAGGUUCAGUGACUGUGAAGAAGUUGGUCGGACAUGUGUCUACAAUACCACUGUUGAUGAUGUUGGUUGGAUGCUUAUGCUUAAGUGUAUUCCUCGAAGAAAAGACAUAUCAGGGACUGAAGCGUUUGCAGUGAUGAAGUAUCCUAUAGCCCCAGGACCAGGAAUUUGUCCUUUUGAAGCCAGACAUGUUUUUACAGAUUCAGUUACAGACUCCAACUGUAUACGGGUGAUGAGCUAUAACAUCCUGGCUGACUACUACGCUGACACUGACUACACAAGAGACAUCCUGUACUCUUACUGUGCACCCUAUGCCCUCAAAGGGGACUACAGGAAACCGCUGCUCUUAAAGGAAAUCUACGGCUACAACUGUGAUAUUAUGUGUCUUCAAGAAGUGGACAGAAAAGGAUUUAAAUCCUAUCUCUUACCAGCAUUAGAUUCAAUUGGAUAUACAGGGAUGGCGAAAUGGAAAGGUACUAAUGCACCAGAGGGAGAAGCCAUUUUCUUCAGGAAGUCUAAAUUCAGCUUUGAAGCAGAUCACAGCAUUCUCCUCUCAGAACAGCUUAAGAACAACCCAGCAUAUGCUGAUAUAGGCGAGAAGAUCAGUAUAGAUAAAGAACUUACAAUAUUGAUAGAGGGCCACGGAGCUGUACUACAGGUGGUUGCGCUAAGGAGCAUUGAUGACCCAAGUCAGGUGUUAUGUAUGGCCAACACUCACCUGUACUUCCGACCUGAUGCCGGCGCCGUGAGGCUCCUUCAGAGCAUCCUGUGUAUCAAACACUUAGAGCAGGUCAAAGCAACAUACAAAGAACAGGGAGUAGAUUUGGCAAUCAUUUUCUGUGGAGAUUUCAACAGCAGACCUACCAAUGGAGUCCACCAAUUUGUGACCCAAUGCCACGUACCCAGCGAUCUUUCAGACUGGAAUACUCCAGGUAAACCAGAAGAAGCUCAUCUUACCGAUAUGACAUUUUCCCACAGUCAGUCGCUGAUCAGUGCAUGUGGCUAUCCAAAGUACACCAACUAUGUCGGAGAGUUCAAUGAAAUGCUAGACUACAUUUUCAUAGACAGCAAUAAAUUCACUGUUGAAAAAGUUGUUCCACCUCCCGACCAUGACGAGGUAAUUUUGCACACAGCCCUACCCAGUGUGGUGUUUCCCUCCGACCACAUAGCACAGGUUUGUGAUAUCAAAUGGAUAAAAACUGACCGGCCCAUGGAGGAAUCACAAUAGAACAGAUAAAAACUGACCGACCCAUGGAGGAAUCACAAAAGCACGCACCUCUUGUGAAAAAAUCAGCCAGUAUGCAGAACUUGAUAAUCUGACACCAGUUUGAUUUUGACUGAUUAAGUUGUAAGAAUUGAAACUGUAUUAAUCUGGUAAAAAAUUUGACAGCGUUGCAGUGUAAUAUCUUAUUCAACUUUCAAGAUUAGAUUUAAUAUAGUCAAGUAUUUUGACAAAAACAAAAACAAAACAGUUUUACCGCUUUCAGAUUGUUUUUUUCUUAAUAUCUGCAUCACUUUUAUUAAGCAAACAGGAAAGCUUUAAAAUCUGGGUGAUUUAUUUUAAUAAUAGGAGAUUUUUUUAACCAUGGCUGCUAUAGAACUUUGUGUUAAAGUUCAAAUCCAAAAUAUGAAAUUAAUACAAUGGGCAUAGUUUUGGUCUUAAGAGCUGAUCAUACCAUAUGUAUUUAUGUGUUUGACAAAUAAAAUAAUUGCAUGUUCAAUAUUUCCUUUUAAAAGAUAUUUCAGCUUGUUCAGUCUGGUUUCGUAUGUUAGAAAUAUUGAUAAUUGUUGAAAAAAACAGCAAGCUGAAACUAUUGAUCUAAGUCAGGAAAGUUGAUAAGUCCAAGCAGUAUAAGGCUCUGUAUAGAACACAUAGGAACUGUUGUAUUGACAUUAUUUUGGGUACCUCAAAAAUAUCUAAUAAUCAGUUUUAAGAAUUAUGUGCUUGUCAUGUUGUUAUGUAAACUAAAUCAUCAGUAACUUAAUGUCUAACACAUAAAUUAACUUAAUUUUGAUCAGUCCACUAAAUUAUUCACUGUAAUGUCAAAAUCAAAUAUAUCAUAUAAAAAUAUCAUGCAAAUGAGGUGGUUAUGAGGGACAUUAUUUUGCCUUAUUGUUCAGUAAAGUAUUUGUCAUUUGUCCAUGUAUGCAGUUUUUAUAAUGCUCUAUUUCCAAAAAAUAAUGCUAGAUAAAUGUUACAGAAAAAACAAAUUUUUGGAUAAACACCGGAAGAAGAUGAUUAAAACUUGUUAUCACGAAAAUCUUUUAUCGACAGGCCACAAAACGUAUCAGUGAAAUCAAUUAUUUUCUCUCUCAAGUACCUUAAAAUUAAUCAAAACAGAAUGUUACAUAUUCUUUUGAUAUGAUGCAAUGAAAUAUACUGAUUUCCAAACUGGCGUCAUCUGUUGUAGAUAUUCUCUGAUAGUCUGGUGGCAUUUUUUGCAAUCGAUGAAUUAUUCACUUGACCAAGGGUUCUUUUCAUGUGAAAUGGAAAUUUAUCAAUAGAUAUUUGAUGACAAUUG